CGGCCACGUGUCUGCGCACUGCUCUAGUCCAUGAGCAAGCUAGUGCCGCUCGCUGCCGGGCUACUGCUGCUGCUGCUUCUGCUAGUCGCGUAACAGCAACAUGCGUAAGUCUACACUCAAGACGUUAGCACAACGAGUAUCACGGAUCACAAGGCUUUGAGUUCUAUUCCCGGUUCGGUAUUGAAUUUAGGAAUAGUCGUGGUGCGCGCUAAGCUACUGGUCCGGGUUUUUAUCGGCGGCGGGUUAUCUGUCAGGCAUCGCGUCACCCGAUAAGUGCGCACUCGAGGACUGCGCAACAAACAACCGCGAGGCCUGGCGCGUCAUCACUGCACUCGCUGCACUGCGGUACAUGCCCAUUGUGUCAUGUUACACAAUGAUGCAGUCUCUGUCUAAGAUUGUAGCGGGCUAACCUGGUAGAGGUAUGGCAAUUAAUUUAAACUAGAAUUCUAAAUCACUUGGCGGCAUGUCUUUUUCGGUAGGGUGGUAACUAGCCAUGGCCGAAGCCGAGCCAUGACAGUUAUUUAGACUGCACCACAUUAACAUUAGGUUAAAUUGCAAAGGGAAGCUUACUUGCCGCAGUCAUAAAAAAAUGUUGGUCAUCGGGAAUGGACCCGGCUCCUAAUGCGUGCUGGGAGUCCGUGGGACUGCCACUGGAGCACCGAGGCUGCUCGUUGCGUGUCCGCUGGCGCGUCGCAGCAUCGGCGCCGCGCCAGUGCCCGCGACGUCGCCGCCCGCGCCGCACGUACUGCACGCGCACACCACCCGUGAACUUGGAGUGCAGUGUCGUGAGUCGCUGUGUCUGCCGGGAUGCGCCGCGCAGCGGCAUGUGCGCGCCCGCCCGUGCUGUCCGCAGCGUGCCUGCCGCCGGCCUCCUCAGGAGGCAGGCUAUCGUGCUUGCGCUACUCGUCUUCGGAUCCAACUUCCAUAAUGCCGGCGCCGCGCAGAACGUUUCGCUGGCGGUGACGGCGGGCGCGGCGCGCGACGCGGCGCUGGCGCACCUGGCCGUGCGCGCGCUGCGCCGCCUGGGCCUGCGCGCGCACGUGGCGCCGCCGCCCGCCGCCUGCGCGCCGCCCGCCGCGCCCGACGCGCGCGCCUGUCGCGACGCGCUGUUCGCGGCCUUGCUGCGCGCGCGCCUGGCCGCCGCGCUCGUGCUGGCGCCCGCCGCGCGCGCGCCCGCCGCCGCGCUGCCGCUGCGCGACGCCGGCCUGCAGGAGCUGGGCGACGCCGCGCCGCCGCAGGCGCGCCGCUGCUACGCGCCCGCGCGCUCGCUGCUGGACCUGGCGGACGAGCGCGCCGCCGCCGGCCUGCGCGCCGCCGACGCCUCGCGCCCGCCCGCCGGCGCCGAGCCGCCGUGGUGCGCGCGCGCCGCCUGCGCCACCGUGCUGGUGGACGACGAGGCCGAGCUGCGCGUGCUGGCCGGCGUCAUCCGCGCGCACCGCCUGUACGCCACGGCGCACCGCGCGGGGCCCGGGCCGCCGCCCGCGCCCGCCGUCGAAUGCGGCUGGGAGCCGCGGCCCGGCGAGCGCGCGCUCGGCCCGCCGCCCUGCGAGCCCGACGCCGACGACGAGUGCCCCUUCGAGAGCCGCCGCCUCGUGAAACUUGUGAACGCGCGCGAGCUGGCGCGCUCGCCGCCCGCCGCGCGCGCGCUCGUGCGCCUGCGCCUCAGCGCGCCGCAGCUGCGCGAGCUGCGCCAGCUGGCGCGGCGCUGGGGGCCCGAGGCCGCGGCCGCGCGCUUCGCGGACGCGCACCCCGACGCGGCGCCGGCGCGCGAGCUGCGCGCGGCCGUGCUGCUGCCGGGCGCGAGCGACGCGUUCGACGCGGGGGCGCUGGCCGCCGCCGCCGCGCUGGCCGAGGCGGACGCGGCGGCGGACGCGGCGGGGGACGCGGACGCGCCGCGCUUCAAAGUGGAAGUGCACGACACGCACUGCGACGCGGCGCGGGCCUACGCGUUCCUCAACGACGCCCUGCACUCGCGCGAGUACGACGCGCUGACGGCCGUGUUCGGGCCGGCGUGCGCCGCCGCCUUCGCCGACGUGGCGCGCACGGCGCCGGGCCCCGUGCACGCGCUGCCCGUGGUGGCCUACACGGCGCAGGCGCCGCCCGCGGACGCCGCCGUGCUGCUGGCGGCGGGCGACGCGCGCGACGCGGCGGCGUUGCUGGGCGCGCUGUUCGCGCGGCUGGGCUGGCGGCGCGCGGCCACGCUGGCGGAGGCGGGCGCGCCGGCGCCGCUGCCGGUGGAGCUGGUGGCGCACGCGGAGGCGCCGGCCGCGGGCGAGGCGGCGGCGCUGGCGCGGUGGGCGGCGCGCGCGGCGGCGGCGCGGGCGCGCGUGCUGCUGGUGGGCGUGGCGGGCGCGCGCACGGUGCGCGCGGCGCUGUGCGCGGGGCACGCGGCCGGGCUGACGCCGCGCGCGGGCGCGGUGUGGGUGCUGCCCGCCGCGCUGCCGGGCGGCGGGCUGGCGGGCGCGCCGGGCGACGCGUGCGACGCCGCGCAGCUGGCCGAGAUGCUGGACGGGCACCUGAGCGUGGCGCCGGACUGGGCGCUGCCGUGGCUCGAGCGCCCGGAUGAACGAGACAACUCCACCGAAGCGAGCGGCCCCGAAACCCCGGAGGAGCCCGGCGAGGCGCUCCGGCGGCAGUGGCUGGUGCGCUGGCGGGCGCAGUGCCGACUGCUGGGCCUCGCGUGCGCGCACGCCGGCCCGCACGCCGCGCUGCUCUACGACGCGCUGCGCCUGUGGGACGCCGCCCUGCGCGCGCUGGCCGCCGCGCGCCCCGCCGCGCUCCACGCCCCGCACGACGCCGCGCUCGUGCAAGCGCUGCUGGCCGACGCCACGCGCCGCGCGCACGCCGGCGUCACGGGCCGCCUCGCCUGGGCCCCCGCCGGCGCCGCCCGCGCGCGCGCCGCGCCGCUGCUGCUGCUGCAGUGGGAGGCGGGCGCGCGCCGCGCCGUGGCCCGCUGGGACGGCCGCCUGGCGCUGGGCGCGCCGCGCUGGCGCACGCCCGACGGCCGCGCGCCCGACGACGGCGGCGACCGCUGCGCGCUGCAGGCGCUGGCCGACGCGCUGCGCUGCGGCUGCCGCGCGGCCGCCGCGGCGCUGGGCGCGCUGCUGCUGGCGCUGGGCGCGGGCGCGCUGGCGGCCGCGGCGCUGCUGUGCCGCCGCCGCGCCGAGCGCGCGCACCGCCGCCGCCUGCGCGAGCUGGGCCUGCACGCGCUGCUGCCGCGCGGCAUCGGGCCCGACCGCUGGGAGGUGCCGCGCGAGCGCGUGGUCAUCAACCGCAAGCUGGGCGCGGGCGCCUUCGGCACGGUGUACGGCGGCCACGCGCUGCUGGGCGGCGCGUGGCGCGCCGUGGCCGUGAAGGCGCUGAAGGCGGGCGCCAGCACGGAGGAGAAGCUGGACUUCCUGGCCGAGGCGGAGACCAUGAAGCGCUUCGAGCACAAGAACGUGGUGCGCCUGCUGGGCGUGGUGACGCGCAGCGCGCCCGUGUGCGCCGUCAUGGAGCUCAUGCUGCUCGGCGACCUGAAGCGCUGGCUGCUGGCGCGCCGCCCGCCCGCCGACGCGCCGCUGCCCGCGCGCCGCCUCACGGCGCUGGCGCUGGACGCGGCGCGCGCGCUGGCCUACCUGGCGCAGCUGCGGCACGUGCACCGCGACGUGGCGGCGCGCAACUGCCUGCUGGGCGCGCGCGCGCAGCUCAAGCUGGCCGACUUCGGCAUGACGCGCGUGCUGUUCGAGGGCGACUACUACCGCCUCGACCGCAAGGGCAUGCUGCCCGUGCGCUGGAUGGCGCCCGAGAGCCUGGAGCGCGGCGUGUUCUCGGCCGCGUCCGACGUGUGGGCCUACGGCGUGCUGCUGCUCGAGAUCGUGACGUUCGGCGCGCUGCCGUUCCGGGGGCUGACCAACGCGGAGGUGCUGGCGCGCGUCAAGGCGGGCGAGGCGCCGCCGCUGCCGCCGGGCCUGCGGCCGCAGCUGGCCGGCCUGCUGCGCGCGUGCUGGAAGCGCGACGCGCGCGCGCGGCCCGCGGCGGCCGAGCUGGCGGCCUUCCUGGCCGAGCGGCCGCGGCUGCUGACGCCGUGCCUGGCGCCCGACGCCGCGCUGCCGCUGGCCGCGCUGCCGCCCGACGGCACGGACCCCGGCGCGGAGCCGGGCGCGGAGGCCGACUGGCGCCUGCCGCGCUGGGCGUCGUGGGCGGCGCCGUCGCAGGCCACCGACACCACCGAGCUGAGCGCCGACUGAGCUGAGCGCCGGCUCGGGACACUUUAUUUAUGUGUGCGUGCGCGCGUGUCCGAGACCCAGUAUGUUUAUUGACCGUGAACUUUUGAUUGGAGGAUAACUGGGCUUUCAUUGAGACUACUAAUUAUAUUCUAUUCUAAUAAAUUGUAGAAUUGUA